CCGAACAGUUACUAUACAUAGAACAGAAAUAUGGAAAAACCAAAUAGAUCAGGACAAGUGAUCAGUUUUAGACUAUCUGCGAAAGCAGAAGGUCCGGCAGAACUCGGUUUAAUUUUUAUUUUCGAGUGUAGUUAAUAGAUCGGAAAUUAAGCAGAGAAGGAUAUUGAAAGCGUAAUCUCAUUUGGUUAACCAGUGUCGGAACGCAACAACUGCCCACUGACUCCCGUUAGAAAUUGAUGACGUCAUACCAAGUUCAUAUGGCGUAACACCAUUUGGUUACCAUGUAGUGUCGAAAUGCAUCAUCUGCACACUGUCUCUCGUUAGAAACUGAUGACGUCACGUCAAAAGCAUAGGCAAACAGUGGAUAUGUCGACAAAACAACAUAUUUUCUUGUUUAUCUUACUUUUUAUCCUUGCCUAUGCAUGGAUCGAUUUCCUUGGACCAGUUGAUAGCAACACGAUGAUUCAAGUGAAGCCAGUAAAGCAACAGUCAUCAAAGGAAUCGACCUAUUUUCGCAAAGGGAAUACUCAAUCUGACUUCAUCCGGAAACCAUCCAUUUUAAGGAUGUUCCUUUACUGGAUUUUCUUUGAUAUUUAUGUAAUAGCUUGUCUCUAUAAAAUUGCUUACGACCAUCAAUUAGAUUACAAAUGGGAAUAUCUUAAAAAGUGUGACAUACUAAGGUUUCUGCAGAGACAAAAUAUGACAGUGAUGUGUUUGGAUGAUUACUUCCGAGACCGCCUAAAUAACAACCUCUCAACGCAUGAAUUGAUGAGGUACGAAUGGGCUCGGUACGAAUCAUUUAAGACUUAUCCUGAGUCAGCUCCUCAUUUUCCAUCAACACUUGCACGUGAUGGUUUCUACUAUACAGGUAACGGAACGUUCGUCACAUGUUUUUGCUGCGGAAACAGAUUAGAUACGACAGCACAUGAUAACGUUGCAGAAGCUCACCGACACGAUUCGCCCAACUGUAGCUUUGCAAGAGGAGAGGGCAGUGCAAAUGUGCCGAUUAAUCAUGACACCAUGAAUAGUCAAAGGGGUUUGCAUGGAAAUACCAGAAAUACCAGGUAUGGCAUGGAAACAUUAAGACACGAUUCUUAUCACGGAUGGCACCAGACAAGUCCAUAUAAUACUGGGGAGCUGGCAGAAUACGGAUUUUUAUUUGCUGGCGACCUUGGUCGUUGUUUCUCAAUCGGACCUGGCUUAAGACAAUGGUCAGAAUUUGAAUCGAUAAUACCCAGUGAAACCGGAAGGCAAGAGAUGCAUUCUUCUGAUAGAAUGUCACGUGACAUGCAGAGCUGGACAGCGCAAUUGCUUCUACAGAUGGGUUAUGAUGAUACUAGACUAAAGAAUGCAAUUCUUCAUUUUAGGCAAAAUCAAGGCAACAGAGAGCUGUCAGCAAAGGCUCUAAUCGAAUACAUGCAUGACACGGAACCGAACCUCUCUGGACCUAAUUGCUAUAGUUCAUCGUUCAUUGCAUUGGCAUCAGCUGCAAGAUCUAAUAUGAAUGGCACUAGUCCUACGGAAAGGGUGCCAGUUAGGACAGUUCAUGAAAGAGGAACUCGGCAAACUACAGAUGCUGGUCAGCUUCAAGAUGAGAUCGAUAAGUUGAAGCAUCAAAAAGUAUGUAAAAUAUGUUUGGACAAGGACGUUUGUAUCGUAUUUCUACCAUGUGGUCACCUAGUUGCAUGCGAAGAUUGUGCUCCAGCAUUGAGAAAAUGUGCAGUUUGCAGAACACUUAUUAAAGGGACCGUCAGGACAUACCUGUCUUGAGCAUUGUUGUAUUUAGCUUAAAAUCUGCUCUUGAAAUAUAUGCUGUAUAAAUUGUAUGCUAUUGCAGUGUUAAAGCUACUGUUAAAUUCCA